GCCAGCAAGUGGUCACUUAACUAAGCAGAAUCUACCUCCUCUGCUCCCAUGUCCUUGGCCAUAGACAACAGAACAGUAGCUCUCCUCAACACUUGCUGUGACCUAAAGGUGAGGUGACUGAAGGAGGUUCAUAUUCAGCCACCUCAUUCAGGUCUCACCAAAGAAGGAUAUUGGAUGAGAUCAAAUGGCUGCCUUUGCCCACAAGAUCAUGUUUUUCCUAGCGCUCUCUACUUUGGGACAUAAUGUUUUUUCAGCUUUCAAAUCCCAUGACAAAUCUAAAUGGCCUCAGCCCCCAUGUAAAAUGUAUUACCCAGUAUAUCCUUAUUACGAAGCAAAUUGUCCGGAUGUAACAGCAUAUGUUUGUGCUACAAAUGGUCAUACCUACCAGAAUGAGUGUUUCUUUUGUGUUGAUCACUGGGAAUUUGGUUCUUCCAUCAAAUUUGAUAAAUAUGGAAAAUGUGAUUAAUGGGUAACCAAGUAUAUAUACCUGCUUUUUUUUACUACUUAAUUCUUAAAAUUAUUUUUUUUUUUUGGAAUUUGAGGAUGCAAAUUAAAUAACAGGCUCUUAUGCUGUACCCAACUAUGGAACAAAAUAGGAAACAAAGGAACUGAAGUAAGUGA